ACGUCUGCUUGCAUCUACUUUUUGUGCGCUAUCAGCUGAAUCCCUUCUCAAGGGUCUCACACGCUUCCGCCCUCGCCAUUAAUCAGCAUUACGAAGAUGCAUUUUCGCGACUCCUCAUCACUGAUGACAUUCACGUUCACACUUCUCUCACUCUUGUUUUUGGUGAUGCACCUGGAGCUGCAGCAUGCAGCAGCCGAACCAGGCCGGUCAAAAGGUCAAAACUCCAUUCCUGAAGAGGUAGGAGUUGUGGUUUUGCAAAGCAAAAAGCGCGGUCGCGGAGAAGAACAGUCGGCGAUCGUUGGAGGCAGCGGCUCAGCGACCAUAUCAGCGAAUAUUUUAAUUGCUGAAGAAGGCGUUGACUACUUUCCUCGUGCCGAAAAAGGCAUGUGCUACAACGCAACGUUCUUUAUUAAGCAUGUUCACUCACUUUGCGGAGAUCAAGCCAGCUGCGAAGUCGACAAGCCAAAACGUCAAAGCUACAUUACGGAUGCAUGUGACACUUGGUGUAGCACAGAACAAGCACAUUACAUCCGUUUGCAGUCUGAAUUCAACAGUAAGCGCGUUUCAAAGGAUAGAUGCUUCCAAAGCCUCAGUAUCCACAUCGCACGAGAGACCAAGGCUUCUGAUCUCCUACAAUCAUGCGAUUUUGAAUGUACGUGCACUCUAUCCAAGUACGUCGAGCGUAUCAAGAUGCCACAUGUGCAGUACAACAAUAAACAUUUUGAGCUGUCCUCCUUCAUACCAAAGUCUUACUGGAGUGAAGUUCCAGCAUUAUCAGGCGUCCCUCCAAACCGGAAGGGCAGACCGGGGUUUUGUCAUUACGAAGAUAUGUUCGAAAAAGUUGGUUACACGUCGGACAUCACGGAUCCUAAGACACGCACCUUGUCAACAGCCAAAUGGCAGGUCGAGUGUAAACCUGGGCAAUGUGAAAAAGGUCACAAGAUACCCAAAGUUCCCAAAAAGAGCAGCUCACAAGCAAAGAAGCAUAGAUUGGAUUCAGUCGGCUCUGAACAGCCGACAGAACAGUGCCUCGCGCAUUCUACCCACGAAGUCACUAAUGCCGAUAGUCCAGCUCGCGCAGACGCAACAACUUCAAGCCAAGCAGCAUUGGCGGGUAUCAGUGCAAAGCCUGCCACGGCAGAUAUGCGACUGAAUCCAAAUGACUGGGAGGAAUGGAUAGCAACAAUGUUGAAUGUGGAGCAGAAUCCAACGACCGGACUGCCAGUAGAUCGGAACGUCUUGACAACGGAGUCUUGCAUCAAUCAUGGUCUCUUCAACCAUCCAGGGUUUGAACAACCGCAUGCAGAUAUAUGCGUUGCUCCGAGCCAAGAUGUCCAGAGGCAAGGGGUUUCGGAGCAAGGAAUUGAUGGUAUUCAAGAUGAUGAUAUCGCCGGCUACGCUGAUAACUUUUGGGCUGAGCCGCCCACCUUUAUCUAAUGGGAGAGUCUCUUCUCCAGCCGCAGAUCAUUGAAUUUCUACCUAGCCCUGGCAUUCAGCACCCUUGGACCCACUGUCGGAGGUGAUGUUCUUGUUCAGGCCAUCAACUUUGAAUUCUUGCUUUUAUCGCUCAGCGUAACGCACGCAUUUAAAUUGAA